CCGUUUGUCAAGUACUCUCAAAUACAAAUGGUGGAGUGACGUGUUAUUGUGUUGCUGUGAGUCAGUUCGGUCAUUCACUGACUCCAUUCUCAAUCCUCAUGAAGGUCCUUAUGUCCUAUUCUUGUGUUCUGUGACAGUCAGUACUCAGUUGUAAUGUGUGAGGGGGCGUUUUUGGAGUCCUGUCAGGUCAUGUGUGCGGGGGCAGAUCUAACGGGAUGGUCCACCGGCGCACACGCGGGUAGCAGAACUAAAUAUCAGCUGACGGGACUGGAAAAAAACACUUCACUUCACUCUCAAAUCAUUCGGCUCCUUCCACAUUCGAUUCAGACGCUCUAAUAGCCCGAAGCCUUUUGCUCUCUUUAGCUUGUUGUUUAGACUGUAGGUUGCGCUUAACCACACCCCGCUGUCGAAGCCCAGAGCCCUCGGGGUAUUUUUAGCUGUGAUGAUGUCCGCUGUCAUCUAACGGAAAGACAUGAGGGCUCAAAGCGCUUUUGUUAUUAUAUGGACUGCGAUGGUUCUGCAUUCGUCUGUCAUCAAAGGUCAGACCACGGACUCAUCCCCAACCAUGAGAUCCCCUCUGAAUAAAGUCAGACUGAAAGAUCGCAUUAAUUCAGAAAGUGACAUUUUGGAAUCACAAGCCAGUACAGCCUAUCAAAGCGUCUCCUCUCCUUCAACAAAUUUCUCAGCUGACGAGGUCACACCUACUGUUCCUUCUCCAUCACAGUCAUCCGGAGACGCUGUAGUGCACGAUGACACCUCUCUUUCAUCAGCCAUCUCACAGACCCCGGAGCUACAAGAUGUCACCACCCUCAACACGGACACAGCCUCAGUACCAGUUUCUUCUGCUAGCAGCCCAUCAAUUUCUUUUUUGAAGAGCACCGUUUCAGAUUCAGUAGCCACAACAGCUCCUGCAACAUCCAUCAGUCCAAGUGAAGGACAUCAGACUGUCUCUUCUUCAGCCAGUGGUGCGAUCCAGAUGACACAAACAGCUCCACCAUUUACCACCACUUACCCUCAGACAUCUCAGAUCUCCCUGACCAGCAGUUCAAAGGUCACUGCACCUGCUCCUUUGGAAGACCAGGAUGAAUCUUCUGAACUGGAUGUGGGGGAUCAAGAGUCAGGGAAGGUUCCCCACCGCCCUACAUUGCCCCCGGACCCCCUGCUCGCCGCUCUGGUCACCAUUUUAUUAUUUGCACUGCCAUGGUCUCAGCCGUCCUCUUCCUCAGGUUCCGUCAGCGGAGUGAGCAUCCAGAAUUCCACCGGCUUCAAGACCUUCCUAUGGAUGAUCUUCUAGAAGACACGCCUUUGUCAAGAUGCACCUAUUAGCAAUCAGGGCUGCACGAUUAAUCAAAAUAAAAAAAUUAAAAAAAAAAUCACGAUCUCGAUUCAUACAGUACAUGAAUGCAAUCUCAUUUCUAAAUGACAGCGAUUCACUUGCAUGUUUGUCCCUGCAUUCAGAUCACACUGCAUUCACUUAUUUACUUUACAACAAUCCAAGAUGCUAUCAGUCAGACUUAUUGGUCACAAUCACACCGUGUAAAACAAAACACUUAAAGAUGAAAAAUAUCAGUUGUCAGAAGAUAUAUAUAUUAGAAAGCGAUAUAUUUGUCGUAGUAUACUUUCAACGUUUAAGAGGAUUUCCCGCGUCAGCUCUGUUCAAUGCAUAGCAUCAGUGCCAUAGAUCUCGAUUAAGUGAAAUAUCAGCUUCAGCAUUAAUAAGGUGAUGUGUUGCUGGUCGAUUGAGUGAAGUGGUGUUCAAUAAUGACUCAUUCAUAAAGUCAGUCCCUUGCAACCACCUAUUGGCUUAACAAUGUAACUGCCUUCACCUUAUGGUUUACAAUUAUAUUCAGUUUAACAUCUUUUUUGUAUGCUCUUUAAUAAGCUAAAGUAUCCUAAUAUGGAUAGUGUUUUGUGUAAGCUCAGUUUUUAAAGGCCUUUUAAAAUGUUAAUUGUAAAAUUUAUAUUUGUUGUGGUUAUUUCUCAAUUAAAACAACAAUAUACAACUUUACUGUAAAUAAUACAAACAUCUUUGGUAUUAUUUUGUCUGUAAAAAAAAAAAAAAAAAAAAAAAACGGUUAACAGUGACAGUCAACAGAGAGCUUGCAUAUAACUUGUAUAAAGCUUAAAUGAUCAGAAUCGGGAUCGUGAUUGGCCGAUCAUAAUGACAAGAAAUUGGUAGCUGAUAAUGAGCUCCUGUACUCGUACUCGUUAAAAUGCCCCGAUACCAAACGCCGAUACCACACAGCAUGUGAUAAGUGCCAUAUUCAGACAAAAAAAUAAAACACUGACAACAGAACAGACAGCAGAAUGGACUCAAUAGAGUUAUUAGAGAUUAAGGAUGUCUACGAAGUAAAUGUAUGCAAUGAAUGUAAUUCAGUUUUAACGCCUGUAUAGCUGUUGUGCGCGAGCUGAUAAGCAAAGCACGCUGAGUGGAUUGAGCGCGCGGAGGUGCGCGAGCUUGUGCGCGAGCCAACAAACACCAUUGGAAAGUUUGUAGUUCGGACGGAUACGUCAAAAACAAGUAAGUAAAACAUUGCACAAGUUACUUAACUGUAGGGAGAGAGAGAGAGAGAGAGAGAGAGAGAGAGAGAGAGAGAGAGAGAGAGAGAGAGAGAGAGAGAGAGAGAGAGAGAGAGAGAGCACUUCUGUUGUGUGAUCUUUGCUGUUGAUUAGCACACGCAUCAUUUGGGAUUAAAACUUAAUCGUCAAAAUAAGACCAUGGGGCAUUCACUAUAAACAUCAUUUAUUUUCAACCUUAGGCAUACGACUUUCUGGCGAAAGUAAAUAGCAGCCUGUGUGAAAUGGCUGUACUUGUCCCUCUCAUUCUGCACAUGUACAAAUACGUCACGCGUUGCGCGUGUUUUGCUUGCUUGAGUGUUUCUGCAUUAUAUGAGUGUCUUUGGAAUAUAAAUCACAGCACGUUUCAGAUGAAGAAAACGCGACUUCUAUUUCUGAACAUAUCACAGUUAGGAGUGAUUUUUAUAACGAGUGGUUCACUGCAUAAUUACAGCAAAGCGCGUGAUUACAGUACUAAUUCGCUGCAAUGGAGCAGCUCUAAUUCUAUAAAAUUAAAGAAAAAUAAAUAAAUAAAUAACAUAAAAAAUAAAAAUAAAAAAGGAACAAUUAAAGUAAACAAAAACUUGUUAAACUCAUUUUAAUGGGCAUAAUUAAGUGUGAAAAUAACCGAAGGAUAUACCGUCAAACCAAAAAUUAUUCAGAGACCAGAUACAUUUUUUUUUUACAUUUUUUUUUUACUAGUGGUGCAGGACACUUUAGUUCUUUUAUGUAUGUGAGGAUAGCAAAAUAAAGUAAACUGACAAAUUAUACCCCAAAAUUCUUCAUACAGUGGACUACCAGUAAAACCAGAGUCUGGGGGAAAAAAACUGAAGUUCAGGUUUGCAUGAAUCUGGAUGACAGCAUACCCAGGAGACUACAUGCUGUCAUUAAGGCUAAGGGUUGCCUGGCUAAGUAUUGAUAGUUGCUUAAAUACUGUCAUAAUACAGCAUAAUACAUAAUACAUAAAACAGUGGUCUGGAUAAUUUCUGGUUGAUUGUAAUCCAUUACAUACCCUUCUAUCAAAGUCAUCUAACAUUAUAAAGCUGAAUUUGUUCUGACACUGUUUAACUCUGAGUUCUUGUCAUAUUUUAUUUCCAUUUUCUAAACUAUAGCAAAUAAACUAUGAUAAUGUGAGAAGGUGUCUGAAUAAAUUUUGGUUUGACUGUAUCUAUUUGAUAAAUGAAGUUAACCAACUAACAUAAUACUCUUUUUGUUUCUGUACCCAAUAUUUAAAAAACGUACAAAUGCAAUAAAAAUAUCGGUAUCGGUAAGUACCAAAAAUAAAAGUAUCGGUAUCGGGCGAGUACUGGAAAAAGUGGUAUCGGUGCAUCCCUAGUAGUCGGUAUUGGUUGCAAAUAUCCGGAUCAGAGCAUCCCUACCUCAAACGUCACCACAAAAUACAGUACGAGUUAGCCAUGAAGGACAAGGGAUCCACGCCUCAAAAUACCAGCUGCCAGACCACACAAGAACAGGUGCUAUUUAUUAGUUGUUUUUGUUUUGUUUUUGUAUUUAUUAUAUCCAUCACAUAAAUAUUUAUUAUUGUUAACAUUCUAUUCAACAGCUUUCAGAUUUUAAGUUAUUCACUUUAAGGGUUCUCUUUAAGUCCAGCAAUUUAUUAUAACUGAAAGUCCUGCGUAGACAGCACUUUUUAAUUAUUUUUUAUUAUUUUUUUAUUUUUUUACCUUGAGCACAUUUAAUGUUUUGGUUGAUAAAAUGAGAAUCGUGUGAGAAUCGUGAUCUCAAUUCCCAUGGAGAAAAAAUUGUGAUUCACGUUUUAGGAAAAAUCAUGCAGCCCCUAUUAGCAAGAAUGAAUUGCACCAUUUCAUUAUUUGAUUCCUCAGGCAACCAGUUUUGUUAUUGGUGCAAAUCCCCUGAAGAUGGCUUUCUCAACUGAUCUCUGAUUAUGGGUUUUGAUGAUUCUCAGGAGGCUUCGAUGCUAAAAUGUGGUUGCGUAAUAUUGGAAUAAAAAAUUACAUUAUUUGAAUAUAUAUUAUUCUAUAGCAUUAAUAGAAAAUAUGGGUUUUAUAAAAUCAAUCUUAUUCUGUUAAAAAAAAAAUGCAGUUUCUUAAUAAAACUGUUCAAGCUGUUCACAAAAAUGCACAGCGUUCAACAUCACUACACUACUGACAGUGUAAACAACAAA